AUUGUACAACACCCAAAUGCGAGCAAUGCAUUGGCAUUUUUGAAAGGUCGCGCUGAAAUACUUGUUAGUCGCAGCGGUAGGAGGGAGUAACCUACAAAGCGCAAACUAUGGCCUCACGGGGCACACAACUUCUCUUUCACACUCGCUUCCUCACCGUGUCUUUGGUUCCCUCUUUUCCGCCUCGCGUACGGAGCGAUCCCGCUACGCGCAGAGCGACCAGCCAAUCGUUUUACACGAGGGAGGUUGAUGCUUUAUGGAACAGCUCAUUGUUGUGUAGGGGUUGUGAUCUCUCACGAACUGGACAGAUCAAGCAGUUCGAUUGCAAUCAUGGUCGCAAGCACACGGAUAUGUACAGAACUUCCAACAUGAUUAUCUUACUGUUAGGGCUUUCUACUCUCUGUUCACUCGUUUCUGCGAAAGGUUCACGGCCAGAGCUCCCCCAUCCCACAGAUGCAGAUGUUGCUCACGGCGGCCGAGACCUGUCCGCCAGAAAUGACGGAUUUCUGGCAAUGCAUAAGCAGCACUUUACCUGGCUGAAAGCGAGGAUGAGAUGCUGAGAUCCUGUUCCAUACAGACGGAACCUUCGCUCUUCACCUGCACUCAGAAUCAGGAAGACGCCGGCCAUUGCUGCCGGAAGGCCACCUCAACGUCAUGUGGCAUCGUGUGCCGGGGCAUCUCGCUGACCGGUGUGAGCAACACGAAGGCCACACGCGCCAUGCUGAGCAGACACUGCGGCGCCACGGACAAGCGGGUGGAGCAGUGUGUGCUCAGGCAGUGGCAGCCUUACAGCGGACACAAUCAGAACUUUAUGCCAUGCUGUGAGCAUGCGGAGACGUCACGCUGCCGGUCAACUUGUCGCAGUGUGCUGCGUACGGUCAUGUCAGAAAAUGACCGCAUUGAUGAGCUCAUCCAGGCAUGCUCAGCCCCUCAACCUACGGACCCGCUGUGGCAGUGUUUCCUGACAAACCCCAGUGUGAGGAAGAACGAGACUGCUCCCGUGUCCCGCAUUGACAACGCCAAGUUACAGUGCUGUAGCAAAGCCACAUCAAGCCGCUGUAGGGAGCUCUGCACACAGACGUUCAGAACAGGCUGGUGGUACCACUCGGAGUUUGAGAGUAUCUGCUCCUACAUGCAGCCUGUGUCUACCGUGGAGCCCAACAUGCACAGCUGUCUCACUGACGUGGAUCAGCCGUGUAAACUUGGGUGCUCAGGUCUCAAGUUUUGCAGCAAUUUCAACCAUCGUCCCACCGAGCUGUUCCGCAGCUGUUCACCUGAGGCUGACAGUGCUGCACGGCGCACGUACAUGACGUGGUUGAAUGGAGAAAUCUCUCUACCUCAUAUCACCAUUCCUGUCAAAGAUAUUAGCCAGUGUGUGCCAGAGAUGUGGAAAGCUAUUGCUUGUGCCUUGGAGAUCAAACCGUGUAGCUCUGAGCUGAGUCUCUUUAGUCUGUGCAAGGAAGACUGUCUUUUCAUUCUGACCAAAUGUGGAGAUGCUUCCAAACUGUCAGGGGACAAGACUGUGCCAGCCCUGUGCAAUGCUCUCCCUUCAAAAUCUACCCCAGGGGCCUGUGUCUCCAUGGAAAGUUACCUGUUUGAGAGUCCACACUCCCACCAGCUCGGAGAGGUCCACCACCCCUGCAACCCCAGCCCCUGUGCGGAGGACGAGGUUUGUCUGCUCAAACGUCGCAAGUGCAAGUCGUCCCACCAGUGUCUGCCUUACGUCUGCCACAAAGCUUGCCCGUUAGGACAGGUGUCUCAGGUUCUGGUCCCUAAAGGCACCGCAGUGCGCCUGGCUAACCCAGACUCUCAGCCAUCGAGCCAAGAAGAGUGCCACUUGGCAUGUCAGUGCAGCAGCCGUGGAAAGAUUGAAAACUGCAAGUCGUUGACGUGUCUACGACGAGACUCAUGUCUGCUGGGUCAUGAGAAUAGGAAAGAACAUGGUGAUCACUUCCUGGUUGAUGGCAACCCGUGUGUGUGCCAAAGUGGCAAAUUGUUGUGUGCUCGGAGGUCCUGCCAACCUGACGCUCGUUCUCCUCUUUACACAGGAAUGCCAGGAAACUGCCCCACAGACUACCACCCUGUGUGUGGGACGAACGGCAAAACGUACCCCAACACGUGCAUCGCCAAGUGUGCUGGAGUCACGUACAACACGUGUGACAACGGAGACAUCUGCUCGCACAAGCCGUGUCCGUCAGGGUUCAGGUGUGUGCCUCGCCCUCAGGUGUGUCUCAACGACCUCACAGGGAGGAUCUGCCCACAGUUCCAGUGUGUUGACGACACAGACCAGUGUAACCCACACCACCACGAGCCGGCCUGCAGCACACGCGGGGAGGAGUUCACCAACCUCUGUCUGCUUUUCUCCCACGGACAGACUUUGGCCUACAGAGGACACUGCCAGACAUCGUGCUCCAACAUCGGGGUGGUGUGCGGCCAUGACGGCCAGACGUACGGUAGUGAGUGUGCAGCUCACGCGGCCCGGGUCACCGUGGACUACGCGAGCAAGUGCCAGGCUUUUGGCAAUCUCACCGGUAUGUCUGGAGAAGCCAUGAAGACGCCAUCUUGCAACAGGAUCCAAUGCCCUCCCUUGUCUCCUAGCAACUGCAAUGGCAUCGUCCCCCCGGGAGGCUGCUGUGCUAUAUGUACCACACAACUGACCCUUCUGUGGGACCCCCGUUUGAUGAACGCGGUGGCCGAGCACCAACGAUCGCGCACCGUUUCUGCCAUGGAUGUUCUCAACGCUCUGUCUAACCAGGUGUCGGUCCAGGAGUGUGACGUCUUUGGCUACAUCAGCGUCAAUGGGGAGCUGGUGGUCAUUGUGGCCCCGGUGGUCCCAGCAGCCACUAUGGUGCAGGUGGAGGCCUGUGAGACAGAGGCGGGUCGACUUUACAACCUCAUGAAACUGGGCAGCCCCAACCUCGCCUCCUACCUGGUCCUGUCCCCCCUGCUCCCCGCUGCGAUGGAACGGUCCAGCAUCCCACCCCCAGUCACCCUGGAUCCGAACCCCCUCAGCUCAGAAGAGGGGCACGGCGGAGACCCCAACAGCUCGCCGAGACUGUUGUUGACACCGUUUGUGUGUGCACUGGUCUGUUUCUUGAGUGUGAUGGUACAGAGAGUUUUAUGGAAGUUGUGACAGUGAGGACAAGUUUUUUUGUGUGUUCGUAAUUGUGUGUGUGUGUGUGUGUGUGUGUGUGUGUCUGUGUGUGUGUCUGUGUUGUGUGUGCUUGCAAGCAUGCAUGCAUGUAUGGUUUUAGUUGGAUACAAUUUGUUAUAGUAUUUGGCUGACCAAAUGUAUAUUGACGGAGUGAUGAUGCUCGAAUUUGAGAGAUGUUUGUGUCAUUCAUCUCUAUAUAUAUGUGAAUGAGUGGCAUUGAAGGAUUUCUGAAUUCAUGUCAGAAGAGUGAGUGUUCAAGAGAUAAAUUUAUGUCAUUAACUGCUCAUUUCGUAGAGUUCUAUUUAUAAAUAUCUGGAGCGCAGAUACUCAGGAACGUCUUAAUUGAUUACUUUAUUUCUUUUUCUUAUAGAGUACAUUCAUUUCUUUUUCUCAUUUUUACUUUUAUACUCAUUACUUUGACCAAAAAAAUAGAAGCACAUAUAGUUUGUGAAUCAUUUUAAUCCCAUCUCUUCAUUACAUAUCUCAUCAUGUCACGCAUUUCACCCUUUUGAGUUAAAAAUGCUUGAGACAGGACUAUGGGUGAGAUAUAAUAAUGUUGGAAAGAUUUGUUUGCAUGAUAGAGGUUCAUGUGGUCCAGUGGGGUUAUAAUGUGCAACAUAAGUGUUUUUCUGGCAGAUAUUGCCCCAUUUUGUGGGCCCUGGGUCAGAGAGUUCUAUAUGUGGUAUGUUAUUAUAUUGCAUGUAUGGAUCUUUUUGAUUCUUGUCCAUCAGUUUUUGUGGGCCUGUAUGUAUGUGAGUGAUGUUCUUGACUGAAGUGACUGUUGUAAGUUGACAGACUCGUGCGUUCUUGCCCUUGGGUCAAUCUACUGUAUUAACAGUACAGUGUAUUCUUGAAGAUUUGACUGUAUUUCAGAAAUAAUUGUGAUAUUGUGGGAAUUUUUUAUAAUGAGUUUGAUUUUGUGUGAGUUGCAGUGUAGCCUUAACCUGUGUUGCAAUGUCCCAGUGUGAAUGUGUGGAACGUACUGAUACGUGCACUGAGAACUACCUCUCUAGGAAAAGCUUGUAUCAUCACGGGGGAUGCGAUUUUUUGAUGACAAAUGUUAGUAUUGAUUGCCAUCACACAGAACUGACCAUGUCACUCAAUGUGUUGAACUUUCUUCUCAAAGUUUUCCAUGACACACUUUUCCUCAAGGUCUGUGUCUCAUAAAAUGUUACCAAAUGUUUCUGGAGGAUAAAGAGGGUUCAGAAGUGAAAUACACAAGUUUGUAAAUGUAAUGUUGUGUAGCUGCUUGAGCAAGGGAAAGUAAGUGUGACUGUGCUCUGCAUGACUCUAUGAUGCAGGAGGGACAAAUCCUUAUGUUGCGAACCUUUCAGCCUAAGUCAGACUUAAUUGACAUCUAAAUUAGCCGAAAGGCAAGUCCCAGAGCUAGCCCCCAUGUCUUCAUAUUAUUAUAUUUUGUGAAAAGGAACCAAUAUAUCAUCAUCGUCAUCCAGUGCCAGAUCUGCGACAGACAUAUAUGUCUAUUCAGAUGUAACCAAAAUAUAAACACGAAAAGAAAGUUUUUUAUGAACUGCCAACUCUAAGCAAAUGAGAAUAUCUUUUGGUGAUAUCUCUACAGCAGAAAGUACGACUUAGACCAAAAGGUUAGCACCAUGAGGAAAUGUUGUUUCAAAGGAGCCAUACCCUGUUGGGGUCUCAUUUAGAGAUAAGAGCAGCUUUAAUUUAUUUGCGUAUGUCCCAGAGCCUUGUCCCAUCAGCUCUUCUUUCGUCUCUCAUUGACUUUUGAUUGUGUUUUUUGCUAACAGCUUUAAUUUUUAUGAAUUCUUUUGUUUACACUUCAAUCAACUUGCGGUUUUUUUUCUCACUUUUUGUUGUUUUUAUUUUAUUUUUUUUACCUCUUGCACUUAUUUUUACUGCCCUUCUUCAUCCAUAAAAUUACAAGCCUAUGAUGAAAUUCAGCUUACAUGUUAAUGUGAAGGCUAGCCUCUAUUGAAAGAAAAAUUUGUUGUUUUCAUUUUCACUACAAAAUGAUGUCUGUUUAAGUCUGUGUUACAGUUCUUCAAAACUUUUUGUAUUUUACUCUAAGUAUCCCAGCAUAAUAUGAAGUCUAUUUUACUUGUCCUCUGUGUAUCUGGUUUACUCCAUGACUGGUGAAGUCUCGCAACAAUUCUGAUUGUGAACUGCUCAUAUUUGUGCUGAUCAAGGAAUCACUUUGGUGAUAGAGAAAGUGUCAUCAUUUUACUCAAAGUUAGUCUGUGUACGUUUGUGUGAUUUUUAACACAGUAUGUGGUACCAUAUUUUUGUAACUAAUGGGGGAUGGGGGUGUAUCUGAUAUUGCAUAAUCAAUCAUUUAGUAAUUUAUCUCCUUGUGAUAAUUACAUGACAAGCAAGUCCCACAUUAGAUAGCUAUAGGGUUUCUUUUCAACCAUGUUCUUUUUCUAGAUCUAGUAACCAAUAUUUCUGUGUAACAAUAAGUGUAAUCAAUAUUUGUGUGAUGUUUUUUUUUUUUCAGAUUGAGUCAGGUCAUUAGACAUGUUUAUGCAGUACCUGCUGAUAAUGACAAUGGUACAUACCAUUUUUUUAAAGUUUGAGUUGUUUGAUCAGAAAAAUAAUUGUAGUUAUUUGACUGGGGAAAAGAGCUUUAUUGCUAAUUCUCCAGAAAAAGAACUUUGGAAUCUUUGGGUCAGAAAAUAUAACUUUUUUGCUGAGUUUUUAAAUUUUGUUGGGGUUUAUUUUUUAGUUUGUUUUGUUUUGGAUUUUUUUCCACUUUGAUUGAUGAAUGAUGUCAAGCCAAAGAUGUCGCACCCCUUGAUACUUACAUGUUUCAGCUUUAACUCAUAACAAGUGAUGCAUUGUUGAUGGCAAUUGUGAUUGAAAUCUAGGCCGACUGAAUUGAUGCUACAAUCAGUGAGCUAAAGAAUUUGGUUAUUGUUGUCUCUAACUAUUCAGCUUCAAUGAGGGGAAAAGCUUGAUGUACUGUGUAUUAUUUGUCUUUUUCACUGGCUUGUUUUUUUACACCAUUGUUUAGCUCACUGGAGUCUGUUCAUUGCACAUUUAGAAAAUUAAUUUUAGAAACUUUUUGAUAAUACGGAGUUGCAUGUCUGUUACAAAGGUGUUUUAUACAGUUCUUAGCGGUUAGAUAAAAUAUUCUAUUAUGAAUUCUCAUUUAUUCUACACUAUGUAGAUUUCCGAUCAGUGCAAGUAUGCACACAAACCAACAGAUUUCAAUUUUUGUGCAGCAUUUUGUUAGUGACCCGCUAAAAAGAAUGUCUAAUCUAUGUGUGUCACGUGAUGUGAUAUUACGUCACAAAUACAUUAGACUUGUUUUUUGGGACAGUUAUUCGCUGGUUAGUUAGAGAGGGUUUUUUUAUCGUGUAUAUUUGUGUUUUCUGUGAGUGUGAGAGAGAGUGUGAUAGUCUGGCUGGACAGUAAUGUGUUGUUGAUGUAAAUAGCAGACUAAUAUUUAUUGAAUUUUCAAUUUUGUUGAUCAGGAGACUAGAAACAACAGCAGCAUCUUGUUCUAAACCCUGAUGAGUUUUAGUUCUCUUUAGAUUCUGAUUUAAAUAGGAUUAUUUGGUAGGCACUAUUGUGAAAGUCAUGAAACAGCUGCCCUAGAUGAAGCUCAGCUGGUUUUACAUAAAAUCUUUUCCUGUAGCCUGCCUGACUUGAAAUGUUAAUGUACUCUACUCAACUGAAGGAAAAACUACUGGCUAUUAUACAUAUCAUCUUUUAUUAUACAGUAGCCUCUUCCUAAAUGCAUGAUAGGUAAAUAUGAGAUCCACUCAACUGCAUCCUUUUGUCACAAAUCGGAUUGUUUAUGAUCUGAACAUAUGUGUACAAAAACACUUUCUCUAACAAAUGUUUUCUUCAGCAAAACUUUUUACAGUGAAUGUGGGAGUGAGUAAGUGUCUUGUAAUGGCCUGAUCCAUGACACACUUGUGUAGUAUUGUAGAGGGAGAAAUUUGGCCGCACACGCACACACACACACACACACUCACAUACACACACACACACACCCACACACUCACACACCCACACACACUCACAAAUACACAAUUUGUGAAAGAAAUAGACAAUAAUGACAUCUCUGGACAAGCAGGCACUUAUGUUUAUGGUAUACUUGAAUGCAAAUGAAAUGUUUCUCGGAAAAGCAUGCUUCAUGGCCCCUCUUUGGCUCCACAUAUCCAGGGAGAGACCACUGUAUAAAGAAAGCUUAAUUAACGUUGUUAUUUCAGCGACAAGAGACUGGUAGGGACCUACAAUCAGUUGCCAGACAUUGUUUUGUAGCACAAAGAGUUAGCCAGUAGAUCUAGUCAUUACUGUACCAUGUACAAAUUGUCCAGUGUAACUGUUGCAUUAUCUGUGAAUGGGCUGGGAACUUGUUCCCUGCCAUUUAACCCACUUUUUGUACCUCUCAUCAAAUGGCAGAAUGAAUGUCGAAUGCAUUUGUUCAAAAUAAUUAUGUGUUUUCGUACUUUUCAUCAACUAAUGCGAUGUUGUCCUGAACACUGGUCUGGAAACUUGACAUUCAAGACUUAGGAUUUUUUAAAAGAUACAUUUUGUUUUUUAUUUUGUGUUACAGAAUGUAAAUAAUAUAAGGUUAUUUUGUUUGUGUGUGUUGGAAGUGAUACAUAAUUGAUCAGGCAUAUUACCCACUGUCUUCUAGUUUUGUUUUUGCUUUUUGUUUUUCAAGUAAUUAUUUGAAGGUGGUUGGUGUAUGCCGUACUAACUGUCAGAAUGAAAAUUGGACUUCAAAAUGGAACGGAAAGUCAAGUUUGUGUGCUGACAUCGAGUUUGGUCUGUUUUAAACACUUUUAGAAAGAAAAUGUAAUGUUUUCUCAACAAACGAAUAAGGUGAGAAAAUUGAAAUCAGACAGUUUGACUGUUUGAGCCAUUUUGUUGUUUAGUUUUCAGCCUAUAUUUUCCUCUGUUUAUAGAGGUUGCUAGAAGAUUACAUAUUAUGUGCAUACUCUGUGUGUAGCCAUGAACUUGUGCCUCUGUCAUUUUUGGCUGUAACAAUCAUCCUGCCUUCUCAGGUCCAAGCAUAGAAUGGCAGUCCUGGUUUUAUUAGUUUUAUCAUCGAAAGUUGAAAAGCCUUCAGCCUGUAUGCCAUUUUUUAAAUUUUUUUUUGCCAGGAUAUUCCAACUUUAAAUAUGAAAUAGCAUACUUUGUCAUGGCUUCCCAGCUCUCAUAGCAUGAUUUCAUGUUUGUUUUGUUAUAAUAGCUCCAUGGUUUUGGAAAAGGAUUACAAGUUUUUGGUGGGAUUCAAAGACUAUCUAUGACAUAUAUGGAAAAACAGAGAGAUUGACACAAUAAGUGAUGUAGCUAAUUAUUAGCAUAAUAUCAAUGAUUUUCUAAUUGAUACUAUUCACAUAUGAGGAGAAAAUAAAUUUAUUUGAAGUCUUGGUAGAGAUAAUUGUAAGAAAACCAUUAACUAUUUCUUAUUUCUUCAUGUGGAGCAAACAUUGCUUUGUGUGCGUCUUUUUUUGCAGGCCCUACACAUUUCACUACUUUGAAACCUUUAUGAAUAUAUGACCUAUUCUAAGUGUAUGCGGUAAGCUUUUCCCCCCUGAUGGCAAAGAGGUAUAGAGAGAGGACUUUUCAGUUUCUUGUCGUGUUCUAAACACCCACCACGGACUUUUUCCUUGACAGUAUUUCAUUGAUGUACAGAUCUGGCUGUUAUUGUCAUGUGCCAUACUAUUGUAUUGUUGUACUUUAUCGUACUGCUUGCAUGUGUUUCUGAUGUGAUGAAGAGUGCAGGCAUUUGGUGUGCAGUCUGAGCAUUCAAUGUCGUGGAGACAUUUGUCAUGUCUGUAGGUCACUUCAUCUGGUUGUCUAUUUGAGAAAAACAACUCUUUUGUUUAUGGAUGUGAUUUUUUUCUGGCUAAAACAGCACCUGGGCAUGGAUGGCUGGUGCCUCUAUAAAUAAGUCAUUGAUGGUCAAGGAUGUGAUUUCACUCAAUUAAGGCGUAAAAA